GCACCGAGCGGACUAACGGUGUAACUUGCGUUUGUGCGCGCACUGGUUUACUUUAGAUAGGCUAAUUUAUAUAACCACUAGCCUAUUAACGAUUCAGUAGCCUACAUUUUAAAUAACAACGACCUACUUCAAAAUAUAUUUAUUAUAUUUAAUUUUGCAGACGCCGAUGUAACUAAGGAAUACCUACAGAAGGAGUAAACAGUUUGUGAUUUUCUACUGACAGCCGUCAAUUCAUAUUUAUUCGUAGGCUACAGUUCGUAUGGACAAAUAGUAACGUUCUUUUCGGGACUCAGAGCAAGAACGAAGAGGCUACAGCUCCAUGAAAUAGGCUAUACUACAAUUUACUAUAGCCUACGUGUUUGAGGAGGACGGCAUUCGGAGAUCAACGAGAAGCUUGAUAGGCGCCCGAGUCAUUUUUUGGAAACGCGAAAGAAUCAUUGUAGCCUAUUAGUUGCCAAAAACGCCUUACCGCCAUCAUGCCCAGCAUGCGACAUUCGUACACCGUAACUGUUCCCGAAGACCCACCAGCCACAGCGUUCCCGUUCUUGAAGCCAGACCUGCGGCGGAAGACCUCUGCGGUGUCCGGUUCGGUGCUGGUGUCCACGUUUGUGGGUCUUCUCAUUAACCAAGCCAAGAAUUCCAAGAAUGCCCAGGGCCUGGUGGGACUACGGAAUCUGGGGAACACUUGCUUCAUGAACUCCAUCCUGCAGUGUCUGAGCAACACGCACGACCUGCGGGACUACUGCCUCCACAACUCCCACCAGCGAGACCUCAACAACAACCGGCGGCCCAACACCGCACUCAUGGAAGAGUUUGCGAAGCUCACCCAGACCCUGUGGAGGGCAACCAGCAGCGACGCCAUCAGCCCAUCCGACUUCAAGACCCAGAUUCAGAAGUACGCCCCCAGAUUUGUGGGUUACAACCAGCAGGACUCCCAGGAGUUCCUUCGCUUCCUGCUCGACGGCCUGCACAACGACGUCAACCGUAUCGCCGUUCGACCGCGGAUACACAUGGAGGACUUUGACCACCUGUCAGAUGACGAGAAAGGCAGAAUGAUGUGGAACAAGUACCUGGAGAGAGAGGACAGCAAAAUAGUUGAUCUGUUCGUGGGACAGCUGAAGAGCUCCCUGACCUGCAGUGACUGCGGCUACUGCUCGACCGUCUUUGAUCCAUUCUGGGACCUGUCACUCCCCAUCGCCAAGAAGAGCUCAGGAGAAGUGAGUCUGACCGACUGCAUGAGGCUCUUCACUAAAGAGGACGUGCUGGACGGAGACGAGAAGCCGACAUGCUACAGGUGUAAAUCCCGAAGGAAAUGUAUGAAGAAGUUCACCAUCCAGAAAUUCCCCAAGAUCUUGGUGCUUCAUCUCAAGCGCUUCUCUGAAGCUCGGGUCAGAACCAGCAAGCUCACCACGUUUGUCAACUUCCCCCUGCGGGACCUGGACCUCAGGCAAUUUGCGUCCGACAGGAGCGCGGAUGCAGUAUAUAACCUGUAUGCAGUGUCCAAUCACUCAGGCACCACGAUGGGCGGCCAUUACACAGCCUACUGUCGCAACCCCACUCUGGGAGAGUGGUACAACUUCAACGACUCCAGGGUGACGCCCAUGUCUUCCAGCCAGGUGCGCAGCAGCGAUGCCUACGUGCUGUUCUAUGAGCUCGUCACCUCCUCACGAGUGUGAGACCCCACAGAAACGGGGGCUCCCGCCUCCCUUCACCGCCCGCCCCCGCCCCUCUGACCCCCGCCAGAGACAGCAGGGGGUGGGGCUGCCAAGUGUGUCCGUGGACUUCUGAGAGAGCUGGAACUCACUGGAACCCUGCCUCCACAUCCCGCUAACCCCCCCCCCCCUUACAUCUCCUCUCUCUCUGACCCCCGGGGGUUCCUAAGGGGGGGGCAGGUGUGUGUGUGUGCCAGUGUUUGGGGGUGUCUCCAGGCAAUAACCCAGACGGCCGUGAGUCCCUCUCGGCUCCCUCUCCACGCACUGUGAAAGGACUACAUCUCCCAGUGCGACUUGUGUUUAGUUCGUCUUUGCUUCCUGUGUUACUUUCCAAGAUGGCACUCACCUUAAAGACGCCCUCCACUUUUUCCAUGUUCGUCCUGGAUUUCCCCCGCUGGGAGCUCCCUGCCGCCCUGGGAGACGGAACAGUUUCACAGCGCCCCCUGCUGGCCCUUCCUGAAAUCCGAGGACGCGGAAGGCGAACAGGCGGACAGACAGGGACGUCUCUUCCUCCACACGCCCCCUCUUCCUCGUCGUCUUUCUUGAGUCUCCCCCCGUCGGCCCGCGCUCUUCCCUGCCCGUUGGCGGAGGGGAGGGAGGCCGGGCCAGUGCCACUCCGGCCUUUCGUUGGUCUCCGGGGACGUUCCUCUCACUGUCGCUGUUCCUGGGUUUAAAUCAUGUGAAGGAGACCUCAGUGGUGUGAACUGCUUUAUCAUUGACACGUGAAGGAAAGGAAGUUUUGAAAACAUGAUGCGUGUAUAUUUUUGUAUUAUGAUAUGAUGCAAUAUUGAGAAUGUACUAUACAGUGGUGCUGCAAGUGGCCAUUACUGUUUUUGGUUAAUUUAACGGGAUAAAGGCAAAACUUUUAUUUCAUGUUGACUGGUGAUAAUGAUGUGUGAUGAAUUCAGUUUUUAACUCAAAGGAAAAAAAAGAUAUUUAAAGGCAUAUAUAUAUUUAUAUAUACCUGAAUAAAUUUAAGAAACACA